AUCCCCAUCCUCCUCGCAAUCUCCCUCUACUAGUGCUGCUGCUCUCAUUCCUCCAACAAUCCAAGGUUCGAGCUCAUUCAUUACACGAAUCUGCGGCCGCGUGGGUGCCGGAGAGCGGCGAGCAAUGGAGGGGGUGUGGAGGAAGGCCAAGAGGGCGCUGGGCGCCAGCCUCUGUGUGCGCCUCCCCGCCGUCGCCGGCGACCGCGAGGACGGCGCCAGCGAGCGCCGCGCCUCGGAUGCGCUCUCCCUCGACUCUACAGCGGCGGCGCACGCAUCGGCGCCCAACACGCCGGCCGCGCCGGGGACCGGCGCGCUGCGGAGGUCCAAGUCCGGAGGCAAGUCCUCCAAGAGAAUGUGUGCAAUAUGUUUUGAUUCCAUGAAGCCAGGUCUUGGACAAGCCCUAUUCACUGCUGAAUGUUCUCAUAUGUUUCACUUCCACUGCAUCUCCUCUAGUGUGAAACAUGGAAACCAUGUAUGCCCAGUAUGCCGGGCAAAAUGGAAAGAGAUCCCCUUCAAUCGCUCAUUAUCUUCUAUAGUUCCUCGUGGAAGAGGUGGACUGAAUGUAAACCAAGCUCGAUUGCCCCAACAAGGUGCCUACAUGGCUCUUCUCCGCCAGGUUCCAAACCGUCAGCGAGAAGGUCCAGUAUUGGUUACUUCUGAGCCAUCAGACUUCAAUGAUGAUGAACCUUUGCAUAAGAUGGAGCCUGCUAAUAUUGGAUCUAGUAGAACUGUGGAAAUUAAGACAUAUUCAGAGUUUUCAGCCAUUCAACAGUCAUCUCAAGAUGACUUUGCUGUUCUGAUCCAUCUGAAAGCCCCAUAUGCUAACCCAGAGCAGGUCAUAGGCAGACCGGUCAAUGCAACCUCAGUUGGUUAUCCUACUGCCCGCGCCCCAGUUGAUCUUGUUACCGUGCUUGAUGUUAGUGGAAGUAUGGCAGGCACUAAACUGGCACUCUUGAAGCGAGCCAUGGGUUUUGUUAUACAGCAUCUUGGCCCAUCGGAUCGCCUUUCAGUCAUCGCUUUCUCUUCAACCGCCAGAAGGUUGUUCCAUCUCCAACGGAUGUCACACUCUGGCCGGCAGCAGGCCCUGCAGACUGUCAACUCGCUUGUUGCUAGUGGUGGCACAAACAUUGCUGAUGCACUGAAGAAAGCUGCUAAGGUUAUUGAGGACCGAAGCCAUCAAAAUCCAGUAUGCAGCAUCAUUCUCUUGUCUGAUGGCCAAGAUACGUACAAUAUUCCCUCAAAUAUUAGGGGUGCCCGGCCAGAAUACAGUUCACUAGUUCCAUCCUCCAUUCUAAACCGCACAUUUGGCUUAGUGCCGGUGCAUGGGUUUGGUUUUGGAGUAGACCAUGAUUCGGAUGCUUUGCAUUCGAUUGCGGAGGCCUCUGGCGGUACAUUCUCCUUUAUCGAGGAUGAAGGUGUGAUUCAGGACGCAUUUGCUCAGUGCAUAGGUGGGCUCCUCAGCGUUGUUGUUCAAAACAUGCAAGUAAAUGUGGAGUGUGUCCAUCCUGGUGUCCAGCUUCGCUCCAUCAAAUCUGGUAGUUACCACAGCAAGGUGGCUGCACAUGGGCGAAAUGGUUCCAUUGAUGUUGGCCAUCUCUACGCCGACGAGGAAAGGGACUUCCUACUGUCGGUGAGCUUACCACAUUGUCGUGAACAGACCACACUUCUGAAAGUUGCCUGUGCCUACAGAGAUUCAUUGACCAACGAAGAGAUCAAGAUUCAGGGUGGCGAGGUAGCAAUCUUGAGGCCUAGAUCACCCGUAUCUGAGCCAGUUUGCAUGGAGGUUGACCGCGAGAGGAACCGUGUCCGUGCUGCGGAUGCUAUCGAGGCCGCAAGGGCUGCUGCUGAGAGAGGUGCUCUUUCUGAUGCUGUGUCAAUCCUCGAAGACUGCCGGAGGAUACUUUCAGAAACUUUUUCAAGCCGGAGCGGGGACCGGCUGUGCAUGGCCCUUGAUGCAGAGCUGAGGGAGAUGCAAGAGAGGAUGGCUAACCGGCAACGCUACGAGGCUUCAGGGCGGGCAUAUCUGCUGUCUGGCCUCAGCUCACAUUCUUGGCAGAGGGCCACUGCGCGAGGCGACUCCACUGACAGUGACACACUUGUUUAUUCCUACCAGACACCAUCCAUGGUUCACAUGCUACAGCGCUCACAGAACCACUGCCCUUCUCCUCAAGGCCCUUCACAACCUAGGGUCUUGGUGAAACCCCAGCCAAGGUAGAAGGCAACUGAGCAAUUCAGCAUUAUCUUGCGAAGCGAGGGCACAGAUGUCGGUGAAGAAAUUCAAUUCGUAUGGCUGCGUAUUAGGUCAUAGUGUAGUUCUCCAGCACCUUUAUUUUGUUGUCUAAGUCGUGGUGGUGGGUGGGUAUACCAGAGGCGGUGAGGCGGGCUUGGAGGUAAAUAUAAUCUGGUUGGGUAUACUGGGGAACCUAAGGUGGGGGCUUUGGUGGUAAAUACAUUGUGGGGGGUAUACUCCUGUGGUGUUAAGAAAUAAGUAGGGUAGUAGUAGUAGUAGAUGAGGGGCUGGAGAAAUUGUGUAAUAGUUUCAACGGGUUGGAGCUAGGUAGUUUAGUGGAGGUCAGUUCUUGUCAAAGUCUUUAUUUGAUCUUUGGUGAUGUAGAUAAGAGGGUAUGAUCUCGGGGUGG